CAAUACUGCUGGUUCUUUCAAAUUUUCUGGAAAGGUUUACGUGCCGUCCACGAAGAUUGUCACGCUUUCCUUUUAUUUUAAUUUGUUACCUUUUCCUAAGGAACCAAUUAAUUUAAUUUAUAUUUUUGUAUUAAGUAGCCCUAAAGUUUAAGCAGAAACUACAAAAAUGAGUACGAUAUUGGAGAAAAUUGCGGCUAUAGAGUCCGAGAUGGCUCGAACGCAAAAAAAUAAAGCCACUGCGUUGCAUUUGGGAUUGCUCAAGGCCCGUCUCGCUAAAUUGAGACGUGAACUGAUCACUCCCAAGGGUGGCGGCGGUGCUACCGGUGAAGGUUUCGACGUCGCUAAAACUGGUGACGCGCGUAUCGGAUUUGUGGGCUUCCCAUCAGUGGGCAAGUCUACAUUGCUGUCCAACCUUGCCGGAGUGUACUCUGAGGUGGCAGCGUACGAGUUCACCACACUCACUACUGUGCCCGGCUGUAUUAAAUACAAGGGGGCUAAGAUACAGCUGCUCGAUCUCCCCGGUAUCAUCGAAGGCGCGAAGGACGGCAAGGGUCGAGGUCGCCAGGUCAUCGCGGUCGCCCGCACCUGCAGCCUCGUGUUCAUAGUGCUGGACGUGCUGAAGCCGUUGCAGCACAAGAAACUGCUGGAACACGAGCUGGAAGGCUUCGGGCUGCGGCUGAACAAACAGCCACCGAAUAUAUACUUUAGGAAGAAAGAUAAAGGAGGGAUCAAUUUGAAUACUACGUGUCCACAAUCGGAGCUAGACAUAGAAGCAGUGAAGACCAUCCUCUCGGAGUACAAGAUCCACAAUGCUGACAUAACUCUCCGCUACGAUGCAACCAGCGACGAUUUCAUUGAUGCAAUUGAAGGCAAUAGGAUAUAUGUGCCUUGCAUCUACCUGCUGAAUAAGAUCGAUCAAAUCAGCAUAGAAGAGUUGGACGUGAUCUAUAAAAUCCCCCACUGUGUGCCUAUAUCGGCCCACCACCGGUGGAAUUUCGAUGACUUACUCGAGAAGAUGUGGGAAUACCUCAAACUCAUCAGGAUAUACACCAAGCCCAAAGGCCAGCUGCCGGAUUACAACUCGCCCGUGGUCCUGCACGCCGACAGAACGUCCGUGGAAGACUUCUGCAACAAGCUGCAUAGAUCCAUCGUGAAGGAAUUCAAAUACGCCCUAGUAUGGGGUUCAUCAGUGAAACAUCAGCCGCAAAAGGUCGGCAUCGAGCACAUACUGGCCGACGAAGACGUGGUACAAAUCGUCAAGAAAGUAUAGACAAUACCAUCAACCCACUCACAUUGUA